GAACACUGGAGUUGUGCCAGUGGGGUAGGAGUGUCGGAGAGUCGGAAAGUUGGCGUGCGAAAAACUGGCUAACUUCUUGGUCGCGGCAGUGGUGCCUUUCAGUUGGGAUUUACGAUCUGAGCGGUCAAGUUGUGGUGCGGCGAGCUGCGCUUGAAUGGCGCCGGAACAGGGACUGGGUUAGUGGCCAGGCCCUGGCCAAGGGUGUGUAUGGUGUGUGUGUGUGUGCCGACCAUGAGUGCCCCAAGUGUUCGCCCCCAAAGUGCAGACUCAUUUAAUGUUUAAUUAAAGUGCAGCCCCCGAAAGGAAACCAACAAUGGCGAUAGCCUACGACUGGAAGAGUAGCGAUGGCUUUGAUGCCGAUUUUGGUUGGAAUCGCUCCUUCUCCGAACCGGAUCUCACAGCUAACCAAAAGGGAGGACUCAGCCGAUUCACCAUCAAGCAUCCGCACGAGUACAUAGCCGUUGAUGACCUGAAGUACUUCCGUCGCCGCCAGCCCGUCCAGCUCCAUACCCGGAGCAACGUGUGUCUCUACAACAGCGAUGAGCCAGUGGCCAGUUUCGGCUCCCUGAAGACAGAGUAUCGCAAGCACUUCCGUGACCACCGCAUCCAAUCGGGACGUAGAUCUCUGCUCCGGCGCUCAACCUCGCUACGACUGGAGGGAUUCAUGCAGCUGCUGUCGGAGCACCAGGACAAGUAUCACUGGUACACCCCCGAGGAUCUGCAAUUCUCCCGCACCUUGCCGGUCCGCAACCCGGAGAACCUGCAACUCGGUCGUGAUACCAUCGGAGAGGGGAACGCCGAUGGCAUGAAGAACUCCUCGUUUAUAAAUGCUCCGUUCGUGGAUCCCAGCGCCAAAAUACUGCCAAGGGAGGUAUUCCGUGAUGAAUCGGAAAUAGCGGCGAGAAAUCAACCAAGUAAUAAGCUGGCAGCGGACAAGUUCCGCCGCGAUGUGGCCGCCCAGGAGCAGCAGAGGUGCCACCUGCAGAUGCGAGCCCAAGCCGUCGAUCGGGAGCAGCAGGGCCAGCAGCCGGAGCCGUCCGAGUAUCGUCGCCAGUUUGUCCAGCAAUUCCCCGAGAAGGCUCACUCCAUUCCCCAGAUGAGCAGCAUCAAAAUCCAGGGCGAAUUCGUGGCUGUGCCGGAAUAUCGCGACAGCUUCCGGAUGUAUGCAAACUAUUCGAAGAGUGCCCCCAUCAAGAAGGACGACAACCUGCGCGUCUCCGGCUCCGAGGGUACCUGCGCGCCCAGUCCCGAGGUGCCGGAGUAUCGUGACAAAUUCGUUGACCCACCCAAGCAUCUGGCCAAAGAGAAGUCCCUCAAGACGGACGACCACCUACGCCCGCGCGGCGAGUUCACCAAAGAGAUUCCCGAGUACCACGAGAGCUUCCGAGACCCGCAAAUCACCGAGAUGCCGGAGCGCGGUAAGCCCCGUGAACCGUUUCUCCGGCUGCGCGGCAAGAUCGAAUUUAAUCCGGAAUACCGCAACAACUACCAGGACUUUCCACGCUCUCGUCCGGUUGUCCAGAAACCGACCUCCUGCUUCCGGCUGCCCACCUCCAAUGCCACCACCGUCCAUCAUAGCCACCAACAGGAUCCGGAUCCGGAUCAAGGACCGGCUGUCGUGACCACAGUGCCCCCCUCAGAGGUCACAGCCACGCCGGAAUACCGCCGCGCACAGUAUAACUACCAACUAAGGGAGCGUCCUCGGGAUCCUGAGGGAGGUCCCGGUAAUCUUCGAAAGAGUUCUGACUCCUCGCUGGAAAUCCGACAGCCGCAAAUGCACAAGAGACGCACCUCACGGCAAAGGCAGAUCAAGGAGCCAGAGCAGCCAGCGGCCACUAGUUUCGAGGAUGUGGGUGGCAAUGUGGCGGGCAAGAAGCCGGCCAGAUACGGCCGAAGGGCAUCGGUGCUCCAAAAUGCAGCAAGCUGCCGCGAGAACUCCUCCAUCAUAGAGGGCAAUCCCAAGUACGCAGUAGGAUGUCGCCGAGCGGUGAAACAACAUGCCGGAAAUCAAACCCAACCCGGUUCCUUCGUGGUCCUCGACGAGCCGUGCAAGCCUUCCAACUGGAUGAAGAAGACCUGGUACGACUCCUAGGUCCAGAAACCUCCAAACCAAUGCAAAAUAGUUUUCUGUUUUAAAUCCUACAAAAUAAUAAAAACAAUUAGUGAAAA